CUAGCAUUGCACUUUUUUGUCUCUCCAGUAUGUUGGAUUCUGCGCUGAUACAAUUUUCUCUCCCGGUGGUUGGAGAUGUAUAACAUACAUGUAUACACUUUGGGAAAACUUGCUUUAUCGUGCAUCUACGAACACGUAGAAAAUUGAAAAGCGUGGAUGCGCCAGCGUACUAUCAACCACCCCACUGAACAAUAUACCCACACUCACAUACUCUAAAAAAAUUAUGAUAGGGAUGAAAAAAAUAUUUUUCAUCUUAGAAUCCAGUUGCAAAUAGUCAUCAACAGUGUAAGGGUGUAUUUUUAAAAAAGAAAAACUUGAUACUUUUAUUUUUUUUUUUUUUUCAACUUGAUAUUAUUUAUUUUGUUCUAUUAGUUUUUAUUUUUCAAAUAAAAUGUGUCGAGUGUUGGAGUGACCUGGAUGCUGACUUUUUUUGAUGCUUCACUAAUCAUAAAAGUCUUGAUUGAUAAUAAUAAUAAUAGGAAGCGACUUAACAGCAAAUCCUAAUGGAAAAAAAAUUAAUUAAGAAAAAAAAAAUAAAUACUUGACAAUUAUUCAGUGAAUUUAUUGAUAUAAAAAGAAAAAUAUAAAAAAAAAUAAAAAAUGUUUGAUACAAUGUCAUUGUGGUAUCAAUAUUCAUUACAAGAAAUAUGUUCGUCUGGUAUGCCAACCGGAUGACAACAAUAAUUAUAAAAAAUAAAUAAAUCAUGUAUAUUGAUGCAAGUGAUUGUUAUAAUAAAAAAUCAAUAAAUAAUAUAAAUAAUAAUAAAGAAUUAGAAUUAUUAAAAUCAUCAAGUGGUAUAAGUUGUUUAAAUAAUAUUGUUGGUGGUUAUAAAACCACCAAUAAAAAAAAAAUAAUCACGGAUAAUCCUUAUAAAAUAUCAACUACAGUCAAGGCCUCGGAGCUUUGGUGCUGUUGUUGUAAUUGUACAUCAACUAAAAGUACCAAAGCACCGGGUUUUCUAGCUUGCCUUGGUGUAUGUGUACUUGUAUUUGGAUAUACAUUACUUGGUGCAUUUUCAUUUAUGGCACUUGAAGGUGGAUUUAAAACGGAUUUAACAACAGAAAUUAGAUUUACUGGAACAAAUGGAGCAUCAUCAUCAACGUCAAGUAAAGUUGGUGGAAAAACAAAUAGUCAACAAACUGUUGAUUCAUCAUCUUUAUUUGCUGGUCAUUCAAAUGAAGAUGAUAUAUCUGUUAGAGAUCUUCGUGCAUACACUGUUGAAAGACUUUGGAGUAUCACUGAAGAUCUCAAUGUUUUGUAUAAAGAAAAUUGGACACGUUUAGCUGAACGUGAAAUUUUUGAAUUUCAAGAAAGAAUGGCUAAAAGUCUUUACAGAUCAUCAUUAUCAAUUUAUGGUAAUACUGUACAAAGAUCAUCAAGGGGACAUGACAGACGUACUGGUUUUAUUGGUGAUAGAAAAUGGACAUUUGGCAGUAGUUUGCUCUAUUCAUUGACUCUCAUUACAACAAUUGGAUAUGGAUGUGUUGCACCAAGAACAAUUUGGGGUCGUGUUAUAACAAUAGUUUAUGCCUUGGCAGGUAUCCCACUGAUGCUUGUUUAUUUGAGCACAGUUGGUGAUGUAUUUGCUCGUACAUUUAGAAAAUUGUACGGUAAAUUAUGUCAUUGUAAUAAUAACAAUAAUAAUAAAAAUAAUAAAAAUGAAAAAUUUAUUGUAACACAACCACCAAUGCCAGGUUUAAUUGAUAAAACUUAUCAUCGUUAUGAUAAUCAUAUUGAAGCAAAACUUUCACCUGGUAAUUUUUAUUCAAGUAAAGAUAGUUCAUGUGAUGAACUUGGUCUACGUGCAACUGGUGGUACUAUAUUACUUGAUCGUGAUCAUCUUGAUGGAAAUAUUUAUAUUCAUACAAAUUCAGCAUCAUCAGCAAAUAUACUACAGGAUACAGAAAAAAGACAUUUACAUUCAUGCACACAAAUGUCCAUGAUGUCAUCACCAGUCAGUUACGGUACAGACACAAUUUGCGUUGUCAGAAUACCAAUAAGUUUAUGUCUGUUGAUAAUAUUAUUAUAUGUUUGUGGUGGAGCAUAUGUUUUUCAUCGUCUUGAAGGAUGGAGUUUAUUAGAAAGUACAUAUUUUUGUUUUACAUCACUUGGUACUAUUGGUUUUGGUGAACUUGUACCACUUGGUAGAAAAGCACCAACAAAACUUCUUGAAGAAUUAAGUUUAUGUGCUUGUUCACUUUAUAUUAUUAUUGGUAUGGGUCUUAUUGCAAUGUGUUUUAAUUUAAUGCAAGAAGAAGUUGUUAGAGUUGCUGGUGUUUUUGGUAAAAAUUGUACAACAAAUGGUAUACCAAUAAAUUCAUUUGGAGAAAAUGGAUAUAAAGGAAAAUUAUGUGAAGAUAUUGGAAUGAUUGGUAAUAAUUUACCAGAUAAUUGUCGUCAUAUAAAUGAUCAUGAUGAUGAUGCUAUUGCAAUGUCAGUUGUAUCAACAUCCUGACAACACCCAGCCAGGAGAGCCCUCGAUGAUGGAGCACUCCUGACACAACAAAAAACAGCAAGUAUUAAUAAAUUUGCAUCACCAGGUCGUUAUUCAUUACCACGUAAAAAAAUGACAACUGAUUAUCAUGAUAAUAAUUAUGAUACAUAUUCACCAACAUCAAAUAUACAACGUGGAGGAUUAUCAUUAUCAAAAACAUGUUUAUCAACAUUACAAUCACCCCAUAAUAAUCAUCAUCAACAACAACAACAACAACAACAUAAUCAUCAGCAAUAUCAGCAUGGUUGUAAUAUGAUACAUCAUGAUAAUGGAAGUACAAAUUUUGAAUAUUUUGUACCAAGAAGUGUUAGUGAAUUUAAUUUAGCUGCAAGUGUUCAGGAUGUUGAUAUACCAGUAUUACCAAUUAUACCAUCAGCAUUAAAAUCAUCAACAAUAACAACAACAAUAACAACAACAACAAUUACUGAUACAACAUCAUCACAAACAACACCAACAACAAAUUUAUCAUGUAUUAAUAAUUUAGGACAAGUACGUACAAAUGACACAAUUGUUGGCAUUAGAAAUCGUGAAAAAAUGGUUACAUUUGAAGAUGAAGGCUGUCAUGGUUCAACACCAACAAGAAAAAAUAAUAUUCCAACAAUGGAAAAUAUAUUUAUGUGACCUUGUUUAUUUAAAUUUAUAACUAUAUAAAAUAUUAUUUUUAAAUUAACCACAACAUUUAUUAUAAUUUAGAAAAUCCUCCAAAAAUACUAAUUAUUCUCUGCUUUAUAACUGGCAUAAUGAACAAUGCCUAGAGCUAAUAAUAAUUUAAAAUAAAAAUACAAAUUAAUUGAUAAAAUUAAUUGCAAAUAAACAAAGUAAAAUAAAUAAAAGACUUGUUGUUUGAAAACAAUAAAAAAGGAGGAAAAAUAAAAUACACCAAAUGGAAAUGAGUAUUGUUUCCAAUUGGAUUUGAUUUAUAAUACAUCUUGUUACCUAGCGCAAUUAUUAUGUAAUGACGUCAAAAGCCCAUAUACUUGUAGAAUGACGAAAUAGUUGUGAGUAAUCAUUUAUAAUUCAUACCGCAAAAUUAUAUACUAUAUAAUAAAAAAAAAUUAAAUAAUAAAGAAGAAAAAAAAAUAAUUAAAUCUGUAACAAUUAUGAUAUUAAGAAAAAUUGAAUUAGAAAAUUAAUGAAAAGUAAAAUAGAAAAAAAU